GUUAACCAGGUGUGCGUUUCCCCCACAGAGGAACUGAAGGAGUACUUCUCGCAGUUCGGGUCAGUGCAGAGGUGCCAGCUGCCUUUUGACAAAGAUACAGGCUUUCACAAACGUUAUUGCUGGAUUAAAUUCUCGACGCCACAAGAUGUUCAGAACGUGCUGCAGAAGGAGACCCACAUACUCGAAGGUGCCAAGCUCACUCUCAAAGAGCAGCCCCGUAGAAGACGCAGUCAAAGAAGGAAUCAAAGUGAGUGA